AGCUCAAACGAAAACAUUUCAACUUAAACCACGCCUAGGAAACGGUUAGAGGAGGUCUGAUUCUCAAAAACACACUCCAACCCUUUCAUUAUCAGUUCAGCCAUUUGCUCUGCUGCAUCCUCUCUUUCACCACUGCUGCUGAACUAAAGGAUCCUCCACAAUGCCACGUCCGGUUAAAGAAAUGCAGAUGAGGACUGUUCCGAGAAAACUAAGAACUAUACAUGAUCUCCAAAUGAGUCGAUUUGGUAAGCCGUGGCCCAAACACGGACUCCAGCUCUUAUACUGGUUUGUGAAAGAGUGCAUUUGGGAAAACGACGACGAAAUGUUCCUGGCGUGCGACCCGACGACAGGAAUCUUUGGCUUUCACCCCUUUGAGAACAGAAGCAACGACCGCAACGAGAAACUUCUUCCAGACAUAGAUUCAUCAUACUAUGUGGUCGGGAAUCUGUAUUCGCCUCAAGCAAACAUGUUGAAGGAUUACGUGAAAAAAAAUAAGUACGUCCAGAAUGAUCUCCAAAACACAGACCGCAUCAUCGUCACCACCACGCAACAAAAGCAGUGUUUUGGGAAAAUAUACGCAACCACACACAAAGAUAAGUUUGAUUACGACCCGAACGACACAUUUCACAUCUCAAGGAGCCUCCUGAAGAGCAUCCAAUCAUUUGAGAGUGUUGAAGAUUUUCUGAGGAGCGUUGGAGAUGGUGAAGUCUCUUAUCAGAUGUGUUUGGUAGCGAUGGUUCGAGUGCAUGAUGAUGAUGAUGAUGAUGA